UAGUCUUAUAGAAUAUAAUUAUAAACAGCUAAGGUCUUGUUUCUGAACGCUUCCAAAUAUCGGUUUACACUUGAUACCACAAUUAUUAUUUAUUUAUUUUGUAAGAUGUACCUUACACAUGUUAAAACGCGCACAUGCGCGGUUGUCAAGAUAAACUAAAAUGGCGGACGUAGUGCAUUUUGUAUUUUGAUGUGCUAUACUUAUUUGCUUUCGGGUUUGUUUUCAACUUUCAGAAUGGCUAUGGAAAAAUUAUACGUUGUGAGGGAUACUCACACACGUUCAAUAACUGCCUUAGGGUAUAACCCUGUUCGUCGAGAGAUUCUUAUGGGAUGCGAAGAUGGCGUUAUUAAAACCUGGGAGUCAGAAAGUGGAAAGCAGAUUUCUGUGGCCUAUGAACACAAGGGCUGGAUCACAGAUUUCUUAUAUUGGAGUGAGACAAAGUUAAUGCUGUCAUCGGCCAAUGACAGAAACAUAAUAGCAUGGGCAUCAGGGGGCGGAGUUUACGACAGAAUCAAUAUUGGAGUUCCUGUUUACUGUAUGGGAAUAUGUGCACGUCGACAUCAACUUCAAAUAUUCUGUGGAGUCAAUGGCGGAAUCCGCAUUUAUGCAUUAGAUGAAAAGCGGGAAUCAGGUCAUGUGAUCAACUGUAAUCGGGUGCUAUACAUUGCCAAAGAACAUACAGACAUUGUGAGGUGCAUUUUGUGUACAGACUCACGGACAUACUCGGCAGGAUACGAUCAACGACUCAUCAUCUAUGAAACGUUAACUGGAGACAAUAGCUUAAAGACAUUUGCCAUAAUAAACGGUGCUCAUGACGCUGGGAUUUCAUGUUUGUUGCUGGCAAAGGACAAUGAAAACAACUCAUGGAUCCUGACUGGUUCAUUUGACAAGAGCAUGAAGAUCUGGACAGCAGACGGAAAACCAGUCCACAAGCUGGAUAACUUCAUCUCUACUGUGUCAGGCAUUUGUUACGUGCCCCGCAACAAGACCGUCUGGGUAGCAGGGGGCACGUCAUAUGCCAGUCUGUUUGAUCCAAAAUCUGGUGAAAAUGUGUCAGAUUUUAUUGGAACAUUUCAACAACAGGAAGAGGAGAAAUACCAACUACAGAUCCUCAAAUUCUUUCCUGAAUUAAACCAAGUUGUUGCAUCAACAAGUAGACGACACUUGAUAGUUUGGAAGUACAACCCUUCUGGUUGUGUCACAGCCCUCAAGUGUAAAGUACCGCUGGAGAGUUUGUGUUAUACUCGUAAAGUGCCUAUACUGAUAUUUAGUGGCGAUCAUGAAGGAGUGAUUGUCAAGUGGGAACGCAUGCAAUCCAACCAUUUUAUGUACAGUAAGGAAACAUUUGUCAUCAGUGACUCAAAAAUCAAAAAGAAACGUAAGACAGGCAGUAAGAAGCGUGAACUGAUGCUGGAACAAGAGCUCAACGAGAAGUUGAACAACCUGCAGGUGAAGAACAAUGAGGAGGUGAACAAGGCCAACAACAAGAACAUCCAGAGCCACUACGCCUUCAACAAGCCCAUCAUUCCACCUGCCUCCACCCACAACCAUCCCCAUACCACGAUACUCAAGUGCCUGUUUGUGGAAAGUCUUGACAUCAUCCUGGCUGCCUCAGAGGACACCAAUAUAUAUGUGUGGGGUUUUGAUGACCAGGCAGUGUCAGUUCUGCAGGAUAUGAAGCCCCAGGACAUGGAGUCUCUAGUCACGCGUUACAGCAUCCUCCUAGACCCGGAAUCUGGGCUCCUCCCACAAAACACAAAGGACAGUGAGAGUGACUCAGUAACAAAUCGCGUAGCUGGGUUUGUGUGUAAAUAUGUGUUCUGUGAGCAUGAGUCGUGCGUGACAAGCCUGGUAGUUAUAGAGAAGGAGAACAGCAUGGACUCCACAUACCUGCUCAGUGGUGGUUGGGACAGAAGGAUUUGUAUCUGGGACCUGGAGAAGGGCAGGUUGCACGACACAUUCCGCAAUACAAGCCUUGCACCUGGUAACCAUGACAACUUGGAGUUGGCGUGUGAUGGAGUCAUCAUGGACAUGGACUACAGUGAAGUCAAUAAGGAGUUUGCAUAUUCAUCCAGUGACAAAAUGGUGUACAUCCGUAAAUUUUCCACAACUGGCUCCAAGAUGACCCUUGUGAACACUCUGCAAGGUCAUGAUGCAGAGGUGACCAGUGUCCGCUGGAAUGCAGUCUUGAAUAAGUGGGUCACUGGCUCUGAGGAUGGCACCAUCAGAAUAUGGUCGGGUAGUGGAUUGAACGAAUGUGAACAGAUCUUGGCCGCCAUGGGUGGUGUGAGCUGUCUGUGUGUGGACAAGCUGAAUGGUGCCAUUGUGGCAGGCAUCCAGCACGUGAUCCGUGUGUAUGACCCAGACAUGUACCGGCUCAUGCAGACCAACGUUGGGCAUACCGACGCUGUCAGAACCGUGAUCCACAUCAAAGAGCGAAAUCAGUACGUCUCUUGCUCAUGGGACCAGUCAAUCCGUGUGUGGAACGCAUGGAAGAAACCGGUGAAGCGGAAAGAUCUGGACGAAGACAACGACAAGGGAGAUAACAAGAUGAAGCGUGUGGAGAUCUCCCUUCAUGAGGAGGAGGGGGAGGAGGCAGAAUAUUGAAUAUAGUUGAUAAGUGGCAAAACAGUGAAAAUAGAAUGGAAAUGAUGUUAAAAAAUUCCCAAACUUAUUUACAACAACUACACAAAACAUUAUUUUGUCGAUUAUCUGCAAUUUUGAAUUCCUGUACAUGUUCCAAAUUUCAGGGCUGUACAUUAUGCAUUAUCAUUUGAACUUUUUGAAACUCUGUUUAUUAAAUGCUAUGUACUUUAGCACAUUUAGCAGUGUGGUUGAGAAUAAAACAACGUAUAUGUAUGUGUAUAGAUAUCUAUCAGAAAUCUGAUAGAAUAGACAGCAUUUGGCGUAAAACAAUCCAAUAACCUUUGUGUAGUAUAUAGAAUUAGUGGAACAUGAGAAAUUUACCUUAUCAAUGUACUUAAACCAAUUUGGUUUAACUACAUGUAGGUAUUUUAGAUAAAAACAGAAGGAAAUCCAAGCACGUCUGGUAUACAACCGCUUUUCUUGCUAAAUUAUAUAUAUUGAUUUAUUGUCUUGUAGCCAUUGCGAUAAGGAAGUAGUUCCUCUUGGACUGGUUUCUGAAUAGCACUUUAGUGCCUGUUGACUUAUACCAAUAAUCCAAUAAUGUAUAUUCACAUUCAUCAUUGAGGUCUGUUUGCACAUUAAAUCUAAGACAUCAUUUAGGUCUUUUUGAUGAACAUUCAAAUAACAAGCAAUCUUUUGUACGUAACUACUAGAGGUUAUUAAAGUAUGCCCAUGGUACCCUGUAUAUAUAUGUUGGAUAAUUGUACAGCUUUUUAAAAGGAUUUAUGUUUAAUGACUAGGUACGAUGUGAUAUGGUAGUUUGUAUUGUUGUUUAUUCUAAUCUUAUUGUUUAAGAUGAGAUAUAUGAUUGACUAUAGUGUUGUUUUUUAAUGGUUUCUUUAUUUAAAUUAUAAAAUAUGUGCAUAGAAAGCAUGUGUAAAAUAUAUCUAAAGAUCACCUGUACACAUGUAUGAGUACACAUCGUGUAUCAUUAUUAUGUGCAAUUAUAUCACUAUAUACAUGUUUGUGUACAGUGUAUGUUGUAAGGAGAAUCAAAUCAGCUAAGAUUAUAUUGUUAUUUUAUUGGUGACCAUGUGCUGUUGUUGUUUUUUCAGAACAAAAAAGGGAGACAGUUUAUUUUAUUUCAAACAUGCAUUUACUCAGUGUAUGUUUUUCUUCAUGUGUAUUCUCAUAUGUGAGUGUAUAAUCUUUCAUUCCUUGUUGGUAACAGAAGUGUUUAUAGCAUUUUGUGGUGUUUAUCAUAAGUGUCUAUAAUUUUUGAAAUCUAUUAAAGAAUGCUACCUUUUGGAAUUUAUUGGCAUAUAUCUACAUAAAAAUCUAAUCAAUACGAAAACAAUAUUUAAGAGACUGAAUUUUUGUUUUAAUGCCUUAUAGAAAAGGGAAAAUAAUUGUCAUGAGAAAUAAAAUAAAAUUCAAAUAGUGUACAAAUAAUAUUGAAGUGAUAAUGGACAUUUUACCUUAUUGUUUACUCUUUCAUUGUGACGAAUUCUUUUAAGUACACUUAUAAAACAUGAAAUGCAAAGGUCCUUUUUAGCUCAUCUAUUUUUUGAAGAAAAAAAAAUGAGCUAUUGUCAUCACCUUGGCGUCGGCGUCUGCGUCGGCGUCCGGUUAAGUUUUGCAUUUAGUUCCACUUUUCUCAGAAAGCAUCAAUGCUAUUGCAUUCAAACUUGGUACACUUACUUACUAUCAUGAGGGGACAUGGCAGGCAAAUAAUAAUAGAUAGAUAACUAUGGAGUGCAUUUUGACAGAAUUAUGUGCCCUUUUAUUCUUCGAAAAUUGAAAAUUUUGGUUAAGUUUUGUGUUUAGGUCCAUUUUAUUCCUUAAGUAUCAAAGCUAUUGCUUUCAUACUUGCAACACUUACUAACUAUCAUAAAGGGACUGUGCAGGCAAAGUUAUGUAACUCUGACUGGCAUUUUGACAGAAUUAUGUGCCCUUUUUAUCCUUAGAAAAUUGAAAAUUUGGUUAAGUUUUGUGUUUAGGUAGACUAUUCCUAAAGUAUCAAAGCUAUUGCUUUCAUACUUGCAACACUUACUAACUAUCAAAAUGGGACUGUGCAGGCAAAGUUAUGUAACUCUGACUGGCAUUUUGACGGAAUUAUGGGCCCUUUAUACUUAGAAAAUUAACAAUUGGUUAAGUUUUGUGUUUUUGUCCACUUUACCCCUUAAGUAUCAUAGAUAAUGCUUUCAUACAUGGAACACUCACAAACUAUCAUAAGGGGACAGUAAAGGACAAGUUGCAUAACUCUGGUUGUCAUUUUCACAGAAUUAUGGCCCUUUUUGACUUUGUAACUUUGAAUAUAUGGUUAAAUUUUGUGUUUAGAUCCACUUUUCUUCUAAAGUAUCAAGGCUAUUGCUUUCAAACUUCAAAUACUUUCAUGCUAUCAUGAGGGUACUGUACAUGGCAAGUUGAAUUUUACCUUGACCUUUGAAUGACCUUGACUCUCAAGGUCAAAUUAUUAAAUUUUGCUAAAAUUGCCAUAACUUCUUUAUUUAUGAUUAGAUUUGAUUGAUACUUUGACAAAAUAACUCUUACCUGACACACCACAAUAGACUCCAACCAAACCAUCCCCCAUGCCCCCC